GCUGGGCAAGUCCGCUUCGUUGGCAAGGAGCUCGGCUGGAGCUAGGAGCGGCGCACCGCAAGCGGGAGAGGCCGUUAAGGGUCAUAGUUGGACUGUUGGAUAGAAAAGAAGAAAAAACAAAAGACAAACCAGCAUGUGAAUUCAGCCUUCUCUCUCCAGGCAACAGUGAUAGGCAUGUAGGUCUGAUCCAGGCAAAGUGGGUUUCCUAUGAGCUGUGAGAAGGCUUCUGGGCUGUUUUGAACGUGUGUAUUGAUCAAGUGGAAGGAAUGGCCCAGGUUCUGCAUAUGGGGACUGCUUUCCCAGGAAAGGUCAAUACAGCCUCUACUACAAUCUUCCAUGGGAAGGAGCAAGACGUAACUUACUCAGUGGAGACUCCUUAUGGCUACCGUCUUGAUCUGGACUUUCUCAAAUAUGUGGAUGACAUUGAGAAAGGCCACACUAUUAAGCGAAUUCCAGUUCAUCGUCGACCACGCUACAGCUCAUUGCCCCGGGGCUAUGGCUACACUGGUUCCUGGUGGACAUCAACAGAGUCCCUCUGUUCCAAUGCCAGUAUGGACAGUCGCCAUUCCUCCUAUUCUUAUUGUGGCCGUAGCUUCUACCCACAAUACACUAAUGCAAUUCACAGCAGUUUCAAUGCCCGUGUGGAGAAAACUUUGCUGGAUGCUAGAAAGAAGUUAGAAGACCAGGCAGACCUAGAAACCCCCACAGCAAGUAGACUAGGAAGUCUCCAUAGCAGUGUAUCUGGGUCAACAAAUUCUUUGGUUGGAAGCCAGAGUAUUUCCCAUCAAACUUCUUACAAUGGCUCACAGCAAGGUGCUUCUGGACAAUUCACACCAAUUGGUUCUGGGUUGUCCACUCCAGUCUCACCAACUCCAGGACAUCUUCAGUAUGUUCGUGAGCAGAUGGCUGUGGCUUUGAAGAAGUUGCGCCAAUUGGAAGAACAGGUCAAGAUGAUCCCAGUCCUUCAGGUGAAGAUCUCAGUGUUACAGGAAGAAAAAAGGCAGCUAAGUGUUCAGCUUAAAAGCCAGAAAUUUUUGGGGCACCCAGGAGGAUUUGGCAAGGGAAAAUCACGAGGGGAGCUCUACAUAGACAUCCCUGAAGAAGGGGCAGGUGGAAAUACAGAGGAUAGCAGUACCAGACCUGACAUGAAGGGUAGAUUGGAUAAGAAGGAAGUGAGGUCAGUGGGUGUGGGAAGGACAGUUGAAGAUGGAGAAGUGAACGUGGACAUGGCAAGAUGUGACAUAGGGGUAGCAGUCAAGGAGGAGGAGUUGGGGUUACCUUCCCCAGAAGUGGAACAACAAUGUCAAGCUAUUCAGACCCUAUCCACCAAAAUUGCUAUGUUAGAAACACAACUGAAGAGAGCACUUCAAGAUCUCCAAGCUGCCCAUCAGAAACUGGAGCAUCAGGGCAGGGAGAAGAAAGACAAAGAAACUUCGACAAGAGAUGAGGGCCUAACAGAAUGGGAAGCAAGAGGAAAAGAUGCUCAGCAAUGGGAUGCCUCCAUUCGGGUUGAUACAGUCAAAGUUGUCCAAGUGGAAAGGGAGCCAGAGAUUGCAGCCAGCAUAGCUACCGGUCCUCAGAGGGCACAGGUCCUGGAGAGCAAGGAGCCCUGUGCCAGCCUCAGGCUUUCAGCAGGCAAAGAUUCAGUCUCUGAGAAAGUUCAGGUGCCACUUUGUGCCACAUACCACAGCAGUGAGGUGAUGGAAACCACUUUCCCAAUUCAUGCUGGAGCAGCAAACACAGCCACCACCUUUCACUCUGUGAAAAAGAUCAGCAUUGUCAACACAGAAGAGGAUGGGGAUGGAAAGAAAGAAAGAGAGCCCAAAGAAUCACUAGAGAAAACUGAAGAUUCCCUUCUUGACUCCCUCCAAGUGGUUCCUUGCCUCUCUCAAGAACCUAAACUGGAUGUUCAGAAGGAGGAUCAAGCUUCAUCUACUGCAGGGAUCCGGUCAAUUAUGAAGAAGAAGGAAGAACCUACAGAAAUAGUGACUAGCAAGAAGAGCCUCCAGUUUGUGGGUGUCAAUGGAGGGUAUGAGUCUACCUCUUCUGAGGACUCCAGCACAGCUGAGAACAUCUCAGACAAUGAAAGUACUGAGAGUGAAUACCAUGAGGCAAGUGAGGGCCUUCCUGCUGGGCAAGGAAUUGUAGCUGAAGCUCCAAAGCUUUCUGGAAUAACCACAGAUAUAUUACAUCCUGGAGUACCUGUUGAGGUGGGGAAAAUGACCACAGCAGAAGGUCCCAGCAAGGAACCAGCAGACAAAACUGGGUUGGGUCUCAGCAAGGAGUUGCUUUCAGCUUGUGCAGUUCUUCAGAAAUACUUAGAGAGUUCGAAUCCACAAAUGGAUGAAGAGACGAAAUUAGCCUAUACCUCAAUGCUCCACUAUUGGCUCAAGCUUUCCUGCCACAAAGAAGCCGAUCCAGAUUUGAUCUCGCUGCACUUGACAGAUUUCCGGGCUGUUUCCCCGCAGUUGCUAGAAUUCAUCAUCAAUAUGGCGGAUGCCAAUGGCAACACGGCCCUGCAUUAUUCAGUCUCGCAUUCCAACUUCCCCCUUGUUGCAAAACUAAUUGAAACUGGUUUGUGUCAUGUGGACCAACAGAACAAAGCUGGCUAUACAGCCAUCAUGCUCACAGCACUGGCUGCCUCUCAGACAGAGAGUGACAUGGAGACUAUUAAGCAGCUGCUGAAAAAGGGCAAUGUGAAUGCCAAAGCCAACCAGGCUGGGCAGACUGCAUUGAUGUUAGCUGUCAGUCAUGGGCGUCUUGAGAUGGUACGUGCCUUGUUAGCAAGUGCCGCAGAUGUCAACUUGCAAGAUGAUGAUGGCUCUACUGCACUGAUGUGUGCCUGUGAACAUGGCCAUGCUGAGAUUGUCCGCCUGCUAUUGGCUACCCCUGAGUGUGAUGUUGCCCAGACAGACAAUGAUGGCAGCACAGCUCUCUCCAUUGCACUAGAAGCAGGUCAGAAUGACAUUGCUAUCAUGCUGUAUGCUCGCUUGAACUUUGCCAAAGCUAUAUCACUGAAUACCUUGGAGCAGUUGAAGCCUGAAAAUGCUGAUACAAUAUUCAGUGAUACUCUGUAACCCAAAGUAAGAUGAUAUUGUUAUCCCAAAGUUUUCUUACUUCUGCUUGAAAAUUUGGCAGUCUCGAUGAAGGAAAUAUAUAUCUACAAAACCAUAAACAUUGCCAAUGUAUACAAUAGUAUACCCUAGAAAUGCUUCCUGUCCUUAGCUUCUCUCACUGCCUUCAUCAGCUGAAAUCUCACCAUCUACUCUGCUCAGAGGGAAGAGAAGUGGACCUUCCAGGAUAACGGACUUUGUGAGCGUCAUUUCGACACUGUGGCCAUGUAUUCAGCUAUGCUUGAUGAGAUGCAGUUAUGUCAAAUAGUGAGCCAAAGGGAAGAUUGGAAGUUUAAGGUCUCUGGAUGUUGCUAUGGCUUUUCUGCUUCAUCAAAACUAAUGUGUCUUAUCUUUUUUAUCUCAAUUAUUCAAGAAGCAAGAGACAUUGCAGGGCAUAAAAGGAGGCCAAAAGGAACAAUUGCAGUUCCCCUCCCCAAACAUUCAAAAAUAGUUUGCCUGAGGUCCACAGGCAUUGGCCUCACUGCUAAAUUCAAACUUCUCCAUACUUCCUUCUAAUUAUCAAUAAGAAGAUGCAAAAACUAUUUAAUCAGCGCCCACAUCUUCAUGUUUUUACUUCUUCUGUGCAUUCCUCAGGUGAUUUCCCCACCAAAAUGACAGUUUGCUAUGAGGGGAACUGCAAAGCCUUGAAAGACCUGUGAAAUUUAGUUUCUGAGCACAAUGUGAUGGCAGGUAAAUAGUGAGAGGUGUUCUUUGAUUCAGGGGGGGAAAUCAUCAUGUCCAUCAGAAAGCAUUGGUGCUCCAAAAGGGAAAAAUCAGCAUUACAGCAACCGAGAUUAACCAAAGCUGAGUAGGAAAUAGAUCCAAAUUGAGGCACCAAUAAAAAGUUGCCAAGAACUUGAUUAGUUUGUUUCCAUUCCGUUGUUGUAGUGGGACCCAGCAGACUUCAGAUCUAUGUCUCUGUAUGAACUUCCUUUGCUUCUCUUCAUCUAGGAAUCUGAAGUGUGCAGCAGCGGCCAAAACAGUCAAUGCAAUCCUAGGCUGCAUUAAUAGAGGGAUAGAAUAAAGAUCUCAUGAAGUUCUAGUACCACUUUACAGUCUUAAUAAGACCAUACUUGGAGUACUGCAUCCAAUUCUGAUCACCACAAUAUAAAUAAGAGACUAUGGAAGAAGUGCAGAGAAGAGCAACAAG